ACACAGAAUAGGACUCGGCUGGAACUUGCUUUCUCGCUCAUAGUUCCGGUUCCGACCCCGGGGCUCGGGCGGAUGGGGAAUCGCUCGAGUCUCUGGGGAGGCGGAAGGAAUUUAAAAGGGAUCAUUUCCGGCGCUCCUGGCGCUUAUCGCCAUAGCAACCCACGGAGCGGGGUGUGAUUUUAUCGCCGCAGUGCCACACUAGUUGGCGUGCACAAGCGGUCGCUUAAGACUGCGAGUUUCCGUGUAUAACACAAAACCCGGCGGCCUUCAGGGGCAUGGAGACAAGCUUGAGAAACCAGGCUCCAAGUACGCGGGAAAGGCUCAAAAAUCAAGGAAGCGAAGAGAACAGUUUUGGGGGCCCGAUUCAUGGUUGUUCAGGGCCUGGGGUUGGCAACAGAGGGAUCGCGCAGCGCAAACACGGUACGACACCAGCGGUUUGUCAGGCGCAAACAUGGACAAGAGCCUUUGGCAGCGCGUAGGACAGAACAUUGAAUCGCGAACGUGAGAACAAAAGGGGCAACUGAUUUUCAUCGCAGGGAGCAGAUGAUGCAGUGGCGCUGCCAUGACGUGUAUCAGCAUGUGGAACAACGUAGAGAGGACGUGAGCAGUGGGUCUAAACUGAGAGGAAUAAUGAAGCAACAAAUGCAGGGUCGGGAUCUCUGGCCAUUACUCCUCUGUCUCCUGAUGCUUUGGCAAGUUGGUGAGAGCAAGUGCAUCAAGGACAAUUAUGUAAUCAAUGUGAUGCAGCUGAAUCACUCAGAUCUUCCAUGGACCUUUGAUAAAAUAAAACCAGCGGUGGAACUAGGAUUACGUAUGGUAGAAAAGGAGCUGCAGGGGGAAGAAAAAAAUGUGACGAUCAGUGCCACCUACCAUGGCUUCAACACCUCACUGUAUGUCUCACAGGGCUGCCAUACUAGUACCUGUGAAGGGGUGGAGGUCAUCAGGCAACUCUAUGAUAGUGGCACACUUGGCUGUGUUGUCCUGGGACCCACUUGUACUUAUGCCACAUACCAGAUGGUCUCCCUUGACACAAUUAUGGGCCUGCCUAUGAUCUCUGCAGGAAGCUUUGGACUGUCAUGUGACUACAAAGAAAAUCUGACUCGAAUCCUGACUCCAGGCAGGAAACUGACCUACUUCUUCUUUGAUUUCUGGGCAGAGUCCAGAUUGCCAUUCAAAACCGGCUCUUGGCAAUCCACCUACUUCUAUAAGACGAAUGACAACACAGAAGACUGCUUCUGGUACCUCAAUGCACUGGAGGCCGGAGUCUCAUAUUUCUCUUCAAAGCUGACGACCAAGGAGGUUUUAAGGACUCCAGAACAAUUAAAGAAAAUUUAUGUAAACUCCAUUUGUCCUCUCCUUAUUUGUAUGUGUCUCACCUUCUCUUCAUUUGCCUUUGCCUGGGCGAUAGUGAUCAUCAUGUGUGGCUCCCCAGAUGAAAUCGAGAAAAUCCUAGGGCAAGAAAGACUGGAUGAAGACAUAGUCAUCAUUCUAGUGGAUCUUCACAAUAACAUAUACUUUCAGGAAAACACCACAUCCGCCAAUUAUAUGCAGAAUGUCCUUGUUCUGACGCUGCCACCACCCAGUUACAGACCGAAUUCCACCAAUUCCACAGAAGACUACCUGCUGAAUAAUGACUAUAUUGUUGGCUAUUUGGAUGGAGUCUUGCUCUUUGGACAUGCCCUGAAGAAACUUCUGAGCUCCCAACAGCUAAUUGAGAGUCCUAGUGUUUUCAUUGAUCAGUUUCGGAACAUCACUUUUAAAGGUGCACUGGGUCCAGUAACCCUGGAUGAAUUUGGAGAUCUUGAUGUGAAUUUCUCCUUACUGUAUACAACAACAGACAAGAAAUUCCAAACCCUUUUGGAGUAUGACACUCACCAGAAUAAGACCAAACCAAUUACUUCCAGCCCAUCUUUCAUAUGGAAGAACGGAAAGCUGCCUAAUGACAUUCCAAGCACCGGCCUGGACAUCCUGACUAUUGCUGUCUUUGCACUCACAGGGACCGUGGUAUUGGUUCUGAUCAUCGCUCUUCUGGUGUUGAGGAAGUACAGAAGAGAUAUUGCACUUCGGCAGAAGAAAUGGUCUCACAUACCACCUGACAAGAUUCUGCCUCUGGAGACCAAUGAGACAAGCCAUGUCAGUCUGAAGAUUGAUGAAGACAAAAGGCGUGACACAGUCCAGAGACAGCGCCAAGCCAAAUAUGACAAGAAGAUCGUGAUCCUGAAAGAUCUCAAACACAAUGAUGGGAAUUUCACAGAGAAACAAAAGAUAGAUCUGAACAAGCUCCUCCAGAUCGACUACUACAACCUGACAAAGUUCUAUGGCACAGUGAAGAUGGAUACAAUGAUCUUUGGAGUGAUUGAGUACUGUGAGAGAGGAUCGUUGCGGGAUGUCUUAAAUGAUAAAAUCUCCUAUCCAGAUGGCACUUUCAUGGAUUGGGAAUUUAAAAUCUCUGUCAUGUAUGAUAUCGCCAAGGGAAUGUCCUACCUGCACUCAAGCAAAACUGAGGUCCAUGGCCGCCUCAAGUCCACAAACUGUGUAGUGGACAGCCGCAUGGUGGUGAAGAUCACUGAUUUUGGCUGCAAUUCCAUUCUUCCUCCAAGGAGAGAUCUGUGGACAGCUCCUGAACACCUUCGUCACGCUGAUGUGUCUCAGAAAGGUGAUGUGUACAGCUAUGGAAUCAUUGCACAGGAGAUCAUCCUUCGCAGGGAGACCUUCUACACUAACUUCUGUCGGGACCAUAAAGAGAAACUUUGCAGAGUGGAGAGUAGCAAAGAAGUUAGACCCUUCCGCCCAGACCUGAUCCUAGAGGCAGCAGGAGAAAGAGAGCUGGAAGUAUAUAUGCUUGUGAAAAGUUGCUGGGAAGAAGACCCAGAAAAAAGGCCUGACUUUAAGAAAAUUGAGAGCACUCUGGGUAAAAUAUUCAGUAACUACCACAGUCAGACCAAUGAAAGCUACAUGGAUACUUUGAUCCGGCGUCUGCAGUUGUAUUCCCGGAACUUAGAGCACCUGGUAGAGGAGAGGACAGAGCUAUACAAGGCAGAAAGGGACAGAGCAGACAGGCUUAACUUCAUGCUGCUCCCACGGCCAGUGGUAAAAUCUUUGAAGGAGACUGGGCGGGUAGAGCCAGAGCUGUUUGAAGCAGUCACCAUCUACUUCAGUGACAUUGUCGGCUUCACCACACUGUGCCAAUACAGCACUCCUAUGGAAGUGGUGGACAUGCUCAAUGACAUCUAUAAGAACUUUGACCAUAUUCUUGACCAUCACGAUGUUUACAAGGUGGAGACCAUUGGUGAUGCGUAUAUGGUGGUGAGUGGCUUGCCAAAGAGAAAUGGCAACCGCCAUGCAGUGGACAUCUCUAUGAUGGCAUUGGAUAUCCUUAGUUUCAUGGGAUCCUUUGAAUUACGGCAUCUUCCAGGCCUGCCUGUUUGGAUUCGCAUAGGGAUUCACUCUGGGCCAUGUGCUGCUGGUGUGGUUGGAAUUAAGAUGCCGCGUUACUGUCUGUUUGGUGACACGGUUAAUACAGCUUCCAGGAUGGAAUCCACGGGUUUACCUUUACGGAUUCAUGUAAGUGGGUCUACUAUUGCCAUCUUGAAGAGGACAGACUGCCAUUUCCAGUAUAAACAGAGAGGAGAGACUUACCUGAAGGGCAAAGGAACAGAAAUUACAUACUGGCUGACAGGAGUGAAGGACCGGCAGUAUAAUCUCCCAACACCUCCUUCUGUGGAGAAUCAGCAGCGGUUGCAGGAUGACUUAGCAGGGAUGAUAACAAAGUCUCUGGAGAAAAGACAAAUUGAAGAGGUCUUGGUGCGUGAGCCUUCCCGGGUGGCCAGCUACCGAAAAGGCACCUUAGAAUACCUGCAGUUGGCCACUACAGAAAACUCCAGCACCUAUUUGUAAAACUGGAUGUCUAGUGUAACAUAAAAAACAGCUAAUCCUCAUACAGGCCAUGGAAGAUACUACAGAGACUGGAGACUGACAUUCUCAGGGAAAGCUAGAGGGGAAAACAAGAUCGUUUUCUUUUUGGGAAAUGUCUCUAUCAUCUGCCUUUUUAUCAGUGGAUGGGAUAGACCCUUUGCUGUAUUGCCAAAAUGUAGUUGCCUCCAUGCUUGCUGCAUCUUCCCAGUCACCUAGUGGUCAUGCACAUGCACCCAUGCCCAUGCACAUCUAUCUUGCUUUGGGGGAAAAGAAAAUAUGUAUUUGAGACUGAAAUAUAUUGUCUUAUAGUUUUAAAUGUGAUCAGCUGUUCAAUGACCCAUUUCCCAAAGUUUUCUCUGUGGAUUCUUAAUGUAUCAUGAUUUUAAACUUAGCGUUUCUCUUGUAAUUUUUUAUUUGGAAAUAAUGCAGUUUAAUAUAUUUAAAAUUAUAUGUAGAUAUGGACCAGCAAUUUUGUUUCUUUUGUAAUUUCCUCGCUAUAUAUUUUCAAGUGUUUUGUUUAGUCAGAUUUAUCUAGCUCAAGAAAUGGUGUUUGCCACUGUUUCUCUAAGGAGAUUACUCAAAUGUAUGGAUGGUUUCUGAAGCGUAUUUGAAUCUCUUGGGUCUGCAGAAUUAAUCUUGCAAAAAUUGGCUCUGCCAUAGUAUUUCUUUACUUCUGCUUCUGGCCCCAAAACCAGAAGCACAUAGACCACUGCAAUAUUUAAAAAUACAAUGUAACGGAAGAUAGCAUAACUUAAAGAGUUUCAUUUCAUCUUUUUUGUUUUGGAUUUUGUUUGGAUUUUAUCUGAGUUGGCUCAAUCAGAUGCUAAAAUGAACACUUGAUAUUAAUUAUAUACUUUAGCAAAGAGCCAAACCACAGUUGUGUAACAGAGGAGACAACUGGGAUUUCACUGAAGAAAUAAUCACUCGCAAGCAACAUUUUGCACUUUCUUUGCAUAAGUGUCUUUCAAACUCUUCUUCAUGGACUUGUAAAUGACCUGUAUGAAUGACCAGUGGUAAAGUACUGGUCAAUAUUUAAACAGUGAAACUUACUGUUCAACUGUCAUUAAUUCUAGCACUCUCUUUUGUAUGUUUUCCAAAAGCUUUUUUGACUGAGGAUUUGUCUAGGGAUGUAAGGGGGUAGCUGACUAGUCAACUACCCAAUAAGUUGUAUCAGGUAGUCGAGUCGACUACUCGCAUUCCCCUCCUCUUGCUGCCUCUGUA